CUCUAUGAAUCAUCAGCUGUCGUCAGUUUUUUGAGAAAAACAAAACGUAGUUGGGUGAAAUUCUUGCAAAUUUCUGAGGAUAAAGUAGAAAAAAACACUCGACAUGUCGGUUAAUACGGCCCACGCCAACAAUGGCGUGCUGAUCCAUGCUGGAGAAUACAUAUUGCUUCACAGCGACAGCGUUUCGAUGGAGUUUUCCGGCCAGGACAACCCAAUUUUUAAAGGCUCAAAAGCGGGAAGGAUCUAUCUUACCUCUCACCGGAUGAUCUUUAAUAGCAAGAAGGCCUCGGAUCAAAUGCAGUCUUUCAGUGCUCCAUUUGUAGCCCUUUCGGAUGUGGAAAUCGAACAGCCCGUUUUCGGAGCCAACUACAUCAAGGGAAAGGUGCGAGCCCAGCCGAAUGGAAACUACGUGGGAGAGGUCAAGUUCAAGCUUCAUUUUAAGGCCGGCGGCGCCAUCGAAUACGGUCAGGCUUUGCUGCGUUCCGCCAAGACGGCUAUGAACAACUACCACCGCGGUGGAUUGGCCGGUGAUGAUCCGCCGCCUUACCAGCCGGCUGGAGCUUGGAACGAAGCCCCGCCACCGGCCUAUCAGCCACCUCCAGGUUAUUACGGCUGGUUGCCACAGCACGAUGCCUUCAGUGGCCCUGCGCCGAAUACGGUCUUUAUGAGCGACAAUCCGCCGCCAUAUCCGGGGAUUGCACCACCGGCGCACCAACCACCACCUCAGCAACCGCAGGGACCGUCGUCGAAUGAACCAAAUUGGUAUGGUUUUUCAGCACCGCCGCCACAGCAGCAGCAACAGCAGCCGGGCUACGGACCACAAGGAUGGGCCGGUGGCUAUGUCCAGCCGCCGCCGUACGCCUCUUGUGCACCUAACUGUCCCCCAGGACCUCCGUAUGCUACCCCGGCUCAGACGUACAAUGGACCACAGCCGUACGGUGGAUAUGGAAAUGUCCCCGGUGGAUUUAACACCCCGGGACUUCAGCAACCGAAUGGAUAUCCAAAUGGUUACCCUGGUGGACCGCCGCCUCCGGGACAGCAGGCGGCAGGAGCAGCCGGAGGAGCCGCUGCAUCCGGAGCCAGCUUCAUGGGCUUCAGCUUGCCGCCAGGAAAUUCCAAAGAAGCCGAAGCUGCAGCAAGUGCUUACAAUACACCCUACAACCAAGGCGGACCCAGUGGAUCAGGAAACAGUGACUUACCACCUUCUUAUAAUAACUUGCCACCCAGUUACGAGGAUGCAUCGAAAAAAAAUCACUAAUAACGACUGCAUACUAUAUUCCCUUAUCAAUAAUGCGAUUGAAAAUUAUUACAGCUCAUUCCGUUGAGGUUAUUCAAACACAAACUAUUUUAUAAAGCAAAGUUAAAUAUUGUUUUCGCCAAGUAUUCUUUAUAGUUGGUAUUAUUGUUGAACGCAUUCUUUAAAGGGCUUUUUUUAAAUGCUUUAAUUUCUGGUCACAAAAUUAGAAUUCGCUAACUGUUUCAAUGUUUGGCUUAAAAAAAUUGUCUUUUAUAUAAGAGAAUAUUAUAUUAUUCAAAUGAUUGUUACACAUGAAUUAAAAACAUAUUUUAUUCAUUAUUAAAUAUAUGACAAUGUAUUAUAUAAAAGUAAUCAA